GUUUCCACACGAGCCGGCGCAAGCUGACCACGACCACGUACACGCUGCAGACAAGCUCGAAGCCCUCCUUGUGCAGCAGCAGGCCCAGAUCAACCACCUCUCAAGCAACCAGGCCGCGAGCUCCAACCCCUCGCCCCAGGACGUGACGGCCUUUCGCAGCCCGCCCAUUGUCCAAACCCCGCACAUACCCCGUCCCGAGACAGCCCUCUUCAUCCAGAAGCCCACGUUUCCCUCGCAGAAUGCCAUCCACACGCCAUACAGCAAUGGCGUCACAGACAAUCACCCUGCCACCUCGGUCACAGGCCAUUCCUACUCGACCGAAGACAUGGGCAGCGUGACCGGGGGCCUUGCACGCGACGUCUAUACACCCUACCAUGAACAGUUUCAGCCCGCCAUGGCGCGGAAUCUAGGGCAUGCCGAUGCAGACUUCCCUCCCUACGACCUACUCUACGGACUGGUUGACCUCUUCUUCAAGCACAUCAACACCUGGUGUCCGAUCCUCCACCGCCAAAGCACGCUCAACUCGCUCUUUGGAGACACCACCCUCGAGGAAGCCGACCGAAUUAUACUCCACGCUGUCGUUGCAACCACUGUCAAGUUUUCCACAGACCAGCGCCUCACAGCCGAAAAGCGCGCGCGGUACCACAAAAAUUCAAAGGAAAAGGUCCUGCUUUAUGGAAUUGAGAACAGUUCGGUCAAGUCGUUACAGGCCCUUGUCAUCCUUGCACUGGAUGUCGUGGGCUGCUCCAAUGGCCCUCCUGGGUGGAAUCUGCUUGCGCUGAUAACUCGUUCCGUGGUCCAGCUCGGCCUGUCGGUGGAGAGCUACUCUCCGAGCGUUGCUCCUCAGUUUGCAUCCAUCUAUACCUUGCGCGCCAUGACGUUGCCCGAACCAAAGGACUGGAUCGAGGAGGAGAGUCGACGCAGGCUCUUUUGGAUGAUUUACGUCCUCGACCGAUACGCGACUGUCGCAACCGCUUUCGAAUUCGCCCUCGACGAGAAGGAAAUCGACCGCCGCUUGCCGUGUCGCGACGACCUGUAUGCACGAAAUGUGCCGGUGGAGACGAGAUGGUUUCAUACCUCGACAAGAUCCGACUACAGCAUGAACAGACCGGAGAAUUUGGGGUCUUUCUCAUACUAUGUUGAGAUCCUGGGCAUUCUCACCAGAAUACACAAGUUUCUGAAGAAGCCAGUGGACAUUACGUCCUUGUCGGAUGUAGAAACUUGGCAGAGCGAAUACCGAGAGCUGGACAAUGCCAUUGAACAGUGGAAGUACAAUCUUCCCCCAGAAUAUGGCAACUCGGCCAGACUAUUCGCCAAACCGGGCAUGGGACAAAAUCUGGACAGCGGCUUGGUUAUGCUGCACGCAGCUUUCCAUACUACUGUAAUCCGCUUGCAUUCAUCUGCGGCGUACCCCACUCAUAGAUCCCCCAUCUUUACGCCGUCUUUUAGCGCCAGUCAAAGGUGUCUCACUGCUGUAGAAAACAUUACAGCUCUCUGCGCUACUGUGCGGGACAACGGGCUGCUGAGCAAACUCGGUCCGCCCUUUGCAUUUUCUCUCUGGGUUGCUGCACGUGUGCUCCUGGUCCAUGGGUCAACUAUCGAUCAUCGGGUCGACCAGUCGAUCAAUCUGCUGGUGAGCACCCUCCGGGAGAUGGGCCAGUAUUGGGAGGUCGGCACACGUUAUGCAAGCCUGCUAUCGCGUGUUUUGUCAGAGUAUCAAGAAAGCCAACAAGCCCCGACUGGUGCCAACGGCGAACGCGUCACGCCCUCGACGGUCAAGAUUCUGGCAGACAUGCGGCGGUGUGCAUACGACUUGGACUUCCUCAUCUCGCGACAGCCAAAACUCAGUAAUAGCCAAAGUAUGAGGAUACCGUCCGUUACUCCAGCACGAACGCCGGCGCCAAAUGAGCUGGAGUAUCUGGAUGUGUUCGAUUUCUUCAAUAUGCCCAGGCUUCCCGUAUCCAUUGAUGGUGCCAUGACCUACCCUGCGCCUGACGGCAACAUGCAAAUGCCUGAUGGGUCGUUUGGGAACGAGUCCAAUAUUACGAAUUAUAUGGUUGAUGCAAGCUCCGAUUGGUUUAUGAAGCAGACGGCAUAAUUAUUCUUAGCGAAAGGUGUCUGGCGUAUGGGUCGGCGGUAUGUAAGAUAUGAUUCAUUCUUCUUGGUAUGUAGGCUUUGUAAUUUCUGCUGGUCUAGCUCCUAAAGGCUUUACGAC